UUGUACUACAUAUAGAAACGAAGUUCUCUUAAAUUUAAUAUCGGCAGUGUUGACUCAUUUGAGAGGAAUCUAGAACAAGCCCAGAAUGAGUUAGGAGUGACUCCAGCUAACCACAUCCCUGUAGUUUAUGUAGCCGAAGCUAAUCUACUUAAAGAGGUCAUAAAGUUGAUUCCCUCUAUGCUUGUUCUUGGGGCAAUCUUCUACUUCAGUCGUAGGUUGACUUCUGGUAGUGGAGGUGGGCGUGGUGGUAUAUUUGGUGUGGGACAAUCAACAGCUAAGUUCAUUAACAAAGAAACUAACAUUAAGACCAAAUUUGGUGAUGUGGCCGGUUGUGAAGAAGCCAAAGUUGAAAUAAUGGAGUUCGUCAACUUCUUGAAAAAUCCUAAACAGUAUCUUGAUCUCGGAGCUAAAAUACCAAAAGGUGCUAUUCUCAGUGGUCCUCCUGGUACUGGUAAGACGCUGCUAGCUAAAGCAACAGCUGGUGAGGCCGGAGUACCUUUCCUCAGUAUAUCAGGGUCUGAGUUCCUGGAGAUGUUCGUUGGAGUUGGGCCUGCCAGAGUAAGAGAUCUCUUCUCUCAAGCGAGGAAGAACGCUCCCUGUAUCAUCUUCAUUGAUGAGAUUGAUGCCGUGGGUAGGGCUAGAGGGAGGAAGGGAAGUUUUGGUGGACACGAUGAAAGAGAAAACACACUCAACCAGCUGCUAGUAGAGAUGGACGGUUUCAAUACGACUACCAAUGUUGUUGUUUUGGCUGGUACUAACAGACCUGAUGUCCUUGAUCCUGCACUAAUGAGGCCGGGUCGCUUUGACAGACAAAUAUACUUACCGCCACCUGACAUCAAGGGAAGAGCUUCAAUAUUUCGUGUGCACCUCAAACCGAUCAAAACAAGUCUAAACAUUGAUGAUCUAGCAAGGAAGCUUGCCGCCCGUACUCCAGGAUUCACUGGCGCUGAUGUUGCUAACGUCUGCAAUGAAGCAGCUCUCAUAGCUGCUCGGUAUUUAGCCACUGACGUCCUUAUGACUCACUUUGAACAAGCCAUUGAGCGAGUGAUAGGAGGACUGGAGAAGAAGACUCUAGUCAUACAACCAGAGGAAAAGAAAGUCAUUGCUUACCACGAGGCUGGACACGCAGUGGUGGGUUGGUUCAUGAGAUAUGCUGACCCACUAAUGAAAGUUUCUAUAAUUCCAAGAGGUAAGGGAUUGGGUUAUGCUCAAUAUCUACCAAGAGAACAACACAUCUACACUACUGAAGAGCUGUUUGAUAGAAUGUGCAUGAUUUUAGGUGGCAGAGCCAGCGAGCAAGUGUUUUUUGGUAGAAUAACAACAGGAGCUCAUGAUGACCUUAAAAAGGUGACAGGAAUGGCUUAUUCACAAAUUGCCAAAUAUGGUAUGAAUGAUGAGGUCGGUCAGGUUUCUUUUGACCUCCCCGGUGAAGGCGACCAAAUGUUUGAGAAACCUUACAGCGAAGCAACAGCUCAACUGAUAGACGAUCAAGCAAGAGACCUCAUUUCAAGAGCCUACCAAUCAACGAUACAGCUGCUAGAGGAGAAGAGAGAGUCUGUCGUCAAAGUGGCCGAGAGAUUAUUACAGCAAGAGGUUCUUCAACGUGAAGAUAUGAUAGAACUUUUAGGCCCAAGGCCUUUCCCAGAGAAAUCAACUUACGAAGAGUUUGUUGAAGGUACUGGGUCUCUUGAUGAAGACACUAGUCUACCAAAAGGUUUGGAAGGAAUGAAAGAUGGAGGAGGAGGAGGUGGAACUACUGUUUCACCAGAUGCAGUAUCAUGAUGAUAUAGAUAUAACUGUUCCAUAAGUAAACUUAAUUUAUUAUCACGCUAAGUGUCUCAAUUAUU